AUGAAGCUCUACACUGACAAGAUUAGCGGCGAUGAGAUGGUCUCUGACGGCUACAAGAUCCAGGAGGUCGACGACAUCGUGUACGAGGUCGACGCCUCGAUGAUCGUUGUGCAGGACGGCGAGGUCGACAUUGGUGGAAACCCGUCUGCCGAGGAGCAGGCUGAGGCUCUCGAGAACGGUGCUGAGCAGGUGAUCAACAUUGUGCACAGCUUCCGUCUGCAGGCCACCUCGUUCGACAAGAAGACCUACCUGUCCUACCUGAAGGGCUACAUGAAGUCGAUCAAGCAGGAGCUCCAGGAGUCCAACCCCGAGCGCGUGCCUGUGUUCGAGAAGAAGGCCGCCGAGUUCGCCAAGAAGAUCAUCGGCAAGUUCUCCGACUGGGAGUUCUACACGGGUGAGUCGAUGAACCCCGACGGUAUGGUCGCCCUGCUGAACUACCGCGAGGACGGUGUGACGCCCUACUUUGUCUUCUGGAAGGACGGCCUGAAGGAGACCAAGAUCUAA